ACAGAAGACACAACAUUGCCCUAAACAUAAAAAUAGCAAGAACAAAACGUAAUGUUGUUUUACCACCGUCCCUUACGAGAUUUUGCGCGAUAACGCGAGAGUUCGAACACCCGAUGUUUUUAUGUGUACUUUCUGAUUCAUAUCAACUACGGAUAGCGGAAAUAAAGCGUCCCAUCAUGGCCUCUAUGGGAAUCCUGGAAGAGGAUCUGGAGAAGAUUUUGAUGGGUGGAGGACUGGAGGUGAAAGAGUUUGAUUCGGCCAAUGAUCAAGUGCAGCCAGUCACACUGGGGAAAGAUGUGUGUUACAUUGUCUGCGCAGUUAUCUUCAACUCAAAGGAUGAGGUGUUAAUGGUACAGGAAGCCAAAAGAGAGUGUUAUGGUACUUGGUACCUCCCUGCAGGUCGUAUGGAGCGAGGUGAAAGCAUUAUAGAGGCGCUACAGAGAGAGGUCAAAGAAGAGGCAGGAGUAGACUGUCAGCCAAUCACAAUGCUCAAGGUUCAAGAACAAGGGCCACAGUGGAUCCGGUUCAUCUUUCUCGCUGAUGUCACAGGGGGCUCUCUGAAGACAAAAGCAGAAGCAGAUGAAGAGUCUCUGCAAGCUCAGUGGUGGGAUCGCGAGUCUCAUCUUCCUCUCCGUAAACGUGACAUACUCUCCCUCAUCGAUGCUGGAUUCAAAUAUCGACAGAAUCAGUGGUUCCCCGCGCUACAACCUGUGGACGUGCCAUGUCAUGUUAUUUGCCAAAGACUACUACUCACAUUUAUGGCCGGCAAUGGUGAGAACAGCGAGGAGGACCGCUUGUGGCUGUUGCUAAGCAACGGUAAAGGAAACGGUCUUCCUGUUAGAAUGUCAGGUAAAAGAUGCCCGCUUCCAUGGUCAGCACUCAGACUGGUGAAUGAGUGCAUGUCUUCGUCAUACGACAGGCUGAACGUUAACAUGUGUGGAAUUCUGGGAGUGCAGCACAAUGGACGAGUUCUUGGGGAAACAGAUGGCAUCUGCUUCAACACGCUUGUUUUAGUAAAACAUUCAGAGGAAGGGCCGGAAACCAGUUACCCACCCACAUUAGACGGCGACUGCUAUAGAUGGCAUGAAUUGACCAAUCAGAGCCUGAGGGUGAAGAUACUACAAAGGAUUAAGGAAGGGUCAGUCCUGCCAGUUUGCUGAAACUGCAUUUUGUACGUGUGACAUCACUCAACCUGCAGAUUGAAGCACUUUGAAGCAAACAGCUUAUGCUCAAGUGAAUUUUAGUAGUGCUUAAAUCAACCGUAUGUGCAUGUGGUAUUAGUUUUAAUAGCACAGGAAAUACAACAGACAUAUACUGUACCUUACACCUUUCAAACUUUAAUUCACCUCGACAAUACAAACAUUCCCAUAUAUGGUUAUCAGUAAAAAGGCCAGCCUUUUUUAACAGCUAUCAAUAAUUCAUUUGCUUUUGUUUUAAAUGGACUUCGGUCACCUCCUUUACCUCUUACCACUUAAGUGCAUGCUUUAAAGGAAAACACCACCGUUUUUCAAUAUUUUACUGUUCUUACCUCAAUUUAGAUAAAUUAAUACAUACCUAUCUUUUUUCAAUGCAUGCACUUUUAAUCUUUGUACAGCGCCUCGUGAAUGUGUUAGCAUUUAGCCUAGCCCUAUUCAUUCAAACAAACAUUUUAUUUUGUGCCACCAUACUUACUCGUGUAACUACUCGUGUAACAGUCUUUAAAUAGGGAAAACAUGGAAGUGUUUGGUGGCUUUUAAAUUCAUCUCUGUUUGGAUCCUAAGGAAUGAAUGGGGCUAGGCUAAAUGCUAACACAUUCAUGACGUGCUGUACAAAGAUUGAGUGCACGCAUUGAAAAAAGAUAGGUAUGUAUUAAUUCAUCUAAGUUGAGGUAAGAACAUAGUAAAAUAUUGAAAAUGGUGGUGUUAUCCUUUAAGACAUUUAAGUAGUAGCUCAGUUGGUAAAGCACUGUGUUAGCAGCGCAAAGGUCAUGGGUUCGAAUCCCAGGGAACACUAAAUGAUUACUCUUUCAUGCACUGUGAGUCACUUUGAAUGAUUAUAUUUUUAUAAAAACUGAUUAAUAAUGCUGUAAAUGACAUAUGAACACAUGUGCUGCUGUAUAUUCACUAAUAAAUUAUGAUACACUAGUGUAA